AUGGUCUCUGUCAACCUCUCUUCCUCUCCUUCUACUCCCCCUCCUACUUUUAUUUUAUGCCCUAGUGAACAUCUCCAUUAUAUAUAUGGUUUGACAAAUGAACCAAUACAUAAUAAGUCUUCAAAACCUCACCAUCUUAUCCCCCUUGAUUUGUCUAGAAUCAAUGUCGACGUGGAAAGGCGACCCUUGAGAUGCCACACGUGCAUGCGUUAUAGCAGCGUAUGUGAUUAUUGGUGUGAAACAUGUUGCGUACCUUACCACAAAGAAUGUCUUGAACCUCCACCUAAGAUCAAUGUCCUAUAUCAUCCCAAACAUCCUCUCCGACUUCAUUGCAGUGGAUGGGGGAAGCUUAUCAAGUGUAGUUGCUGUGGAGAACGCCCUGUGAGUGGAAUUUUAUAUUACAAUUGUCGUAAAUGCGAUUUUAAUUUGCAUACCGUUUGUGCAAUAAAGCAAAACAUCCUUUCUAUAAACUACCCCAAAAGACAUGAACAUACACUCAUAUACUUUCCUAGAAGAAACUCUCUAGUUUGUGAUGUUUGUGCAUUGGAUGAUAAGGACUGUUUCGUCUACAUUUGUUACCAAUGCGAUUUCGUUGUUCAUAAGACGUGUAUCUACCUACCAACCACGAUCAGAAUAUCCCGUCAUGAACAUCGUCUAUCUUUCACUCCGAAUAUUUAUAUUCCUGAGGAGGAUUGGUCUAUCUACCAUGACGAGGAUUGGUCUUGUGGAGUUUGUCGCAAAAUAGUUGACGGAAACUAUGGGCAAUACUCUUGCGUGAAGGGUUGUGAUUAUUUUGUUCAUUCUAAAUGCGCAACACUAAGAAACUUGUGGGACGGUGAAGAACAUGAAGGAGAACCUGAGAUUGAGUAUGAAGAUAUUAAGACGUUCAAAGAGAUAGGUGACGGAAGAGUUAUACAACAUUUUAGUCAUCCAAAGCACCACAUGAAGCUGAAAAAAGAGAGUGAUGAGGGAAAAUGGUGUCAAGCUUGCAUUCUUCCAAUCUACGAAGGUAACAUUUAUGAAUGCAUGAUGAAAUGUGACUUUAUUCUUCAUGAAACAUGUGCACAUCUUCCUCGUAGAAAAUGGCAUCCACUGCAUGUUCAUCCACUUACUCUACAAGUGAACCAUAUUGAAGGUGGCACGUUCAUAUGUCAUGCUUGUAUGGACCAUUGCUGUGGUUUCGCAUAUGAGUGUUGUGAACCUCGUUGUUCUUUCACCAUUGAUGUACGAUGCGCUUUGGUUUACGAGCCUUUCAUUGAUCAUUGCAUACAUCCACAUCCUUUAUUCUUAUCACCUAAGGAAGGCACGAAACAAUGUUCCCUGUGUUAUAGAAAACCCAAUCACUCCAUGACUUGUAAUAAAUGUUCCUUCUCCUUUGGUUUAUGUUUCCGUUGUGCCACUAUCCCAAACAAGAUGAAGUACAUAUCCGAUGAACAUGUUCUCACUCGGAGCUACUACCACAGGGAUAAUAUAAUCUCCGAUAUCUAUUGUGAGAUAUGUGAACAAUAUUCAUAUUAUGAUGUCGGUUAUUAUAUGUGCAAUGUGUGCUGCACGGCAGUACAUAUUACAUGUCUAUUGGGAAACCAUCCGUUUAUCAAGCAUGGAGAAAGCAUCAUAAUUGAAAAGACCGUUUCACUCGACACAUUUGCUCCAAGUGUGAAAAACGUUCCCUUAACAGAAUAGUUUUCAUCACAUCAUUUGGAAUGCUGUUUUGUUCCACGUAUUGUAUAUACAAGUUUGGAGGAGAACGAUUGUUUGAAAUGGAUCAACAAUGGAGGAGGAGGAAUGGUAAAGACACACUGACCGAGUAAUUAUAUUAUGGAGUAUAUAUGGCUCUCUUAAGUAUCGUUGAGACUGAUCAGAAUAAGACAUACAAUCAUGAUUCAUAUGUAUCUUACUGUUGUAUAGUUUGAGGUUUAGUCUUUUCUCUCUUUUAAAAUGAUGCUUCUUAAUUAAUUUUCUUUGUUGAAUGUAUAACAUACUUCCUCUUAACGUCAGUUGCAAGAUAUGAUAUUUGUGAUUCUUAGACACUAUAUUUGAAUGAGAA